CCGGGCAAGAGGAAGACCUCCAGAAGCUCCCCGCGCUGCGCGGCUGGGUUUGCGGCCUAUGCGAGUAGGCGCUUCGGACCCAGGCUCUCAGCCCGGCGGCGCUCGGAACCCUCGAACCGGUGGAGCCCACUCCUAACCUGACGCCCAAGAGGCCGCGAAGACCGUCCCGUUUUCUCAGCGGCGGGUGCUAUACCAACUGCCUUCCUAAGAAAGUGCUGAGCUAGAGUAUUAUUAUAAUACAAGAGCUUCUGAGUCUAUCCUGAACUUAGUUCGUGUACAUUUUGGGAACUUAUUUUAGAAAAGAUCUAAGUUUUAAAAAAUUCUCAAUGGACAGACAGAGAAAAGAGGGUCUUUGCCAACUCCUUUGGACUGGUGCAGUCAGAAUGUCUUUCCCCCCUCAUUUGAAUCGCCCUCCUAUGGGAAUCCCAGCACUCCCUCCAGGGAUCCCACCCCCACAGUUUCCAGGCUUUCCUCCUCCUGUACCUCCAGGGACACCAAUGAUUCCUGUACCAAUGAGUAUUAUGGCUCCUGCUCCAACUGUUCUAGUACCUACUGUGUCCAUGGUUGGGAAGCAUUUGGGAGCAAGAAAGGAUCAUCCAGGCUUAAAAUUAAAAGAAAAUGAUGAAAAUUGUGGUCCUACUACUACAGUUUUUGUUGGCAAUAUUUCAGAGAAAGCCUCAGACAUGCUUAUACGACAACUCUUAGCUAAAUGUGGUUUGGUGCUAAGCUGGAAAAGAGUACAAGGUGCUUCAGGAAAACUUCAAGCUUUUGGAUUUUGUGAGUAUAAAGAGCCUGAAUCUACCCUCCGUGCUCUCAGAUUAUUGCAUGACCUUCAGAUUGGAGAGAAGAAGCUACUUGUUAAAGUUGAUGCAAAAACAAAGGCACAGUUGGAUGAAUGGAAAGCAAAGAAGAAAGCUAAUGGGGUCCCAGGGAUCAAAUUGAGGCCCGUUGGCGUAUUGAGCCAUCUGCUGAAUGCAAGACCAGAAACUGUUACUAAUGAUGAUGAAGAAGCCUUAGAUGAAGAAACAAAGAGAAGAGACCAGAUGAUUAAAGGGGCAAUUGAAGUUCUAAUACGUGAAUACUCCAGUGAGCUAAAUGCACCCUCACAGGAGUCUGACUCUCACCCCAGGAAGAAGAAGAAGGAAAAGAAGGAGGACAUUUUCCGUAGAUUUCCAGUGGCCCCAUUGAUCCCUUACCCACUCAUCACAAAGGAGGAUAUAAAUGCUAUAGAAAUGGAAGAAGACAAAAGAGACUUGAUAUCCCGAGAGAUCAGCAAAUUCAGAGACACACACAAGAAACUGGAAGAAGAGAAAGGCAAAAAAGAAAAAGAAAGACAGGAAAUUGAGAAAGAACGGAGAGAAAGAGAGAGGGAACGUGAAAGGGAACGAGAAAGGCGAGAACGGGAACGAGAAAGGGAAAGAGAACGUGAACGAGAAAAGGAAAAAGAACGGGAGCGGGAACGAGAACGGGAUAGGGACCGUGACCGCACAAAAGAGAGAGACCGAGAUCGAGAGAGAGAUCGGGACCGUGAUCGAGAAAGGAGCUCAGAUCGAAAUAAGGAUCGGAGUCGAUCAAGAGAAAAAAGCAGAGAUCGUGAAAGGGAACGGGAGAGGGAACGAGAGAGAGAGCGAGAACGGGAACGAGAAAGAGAACGAGAGCGAGAGAGAGAAAGAGAAAGAGAACGGGAGCGUGAAAGAGAGAAAGACAAGAAGAGAGACAGGGAAGAGGAUGAAGAAGAUGCAUAUGAACGAAGAAAACUUGAACGCAAAUUGCGAGAGAAAGAGGCUGCUUAUCAAGAGCGCCUUAAGAAUUGGGAAAUCAGAGAACGAAAGAAAACCAGGGAAUAUGAAAAAGAGGCGGAAAGAGAAGAAGAAAGAAGACGAGAAAUGGCUAAAGAGGCUAAACGACUAAAAGAAUUUUUAGAAGACUAUGAUGAUGAUAGAGAUGAUCCGAAGUACUACAGGGGGAGUGCUCUUCAGAAACGGUUGCGUGAUAGGGAAAAAGAAAUGGAAGCUGAUGAACGAGAUAGGAAGAGAGAGAAGGAAGAACUUGAGGAAAUCAGGCAGCGCUUACUAGCAGAAGGACAUCCGGAUCCAGAUGCAGAGCUCCAGAGGAUGGAACAAGAAGCUGAGAGGCGUAGACAGCCUCAAAUAAAGCAAGAACCAGAAUCAGAGGAGGAAGAAGAAGAAAAGCAAGAAAAAGAAGAAAAACGAGAGGAGCCUAUGGAAGAGGAAGAAGAACCAGAGCAAAAGCCUUGUCUUAAACCCACUCUGAGACCCAUCAGCUCUGCUCCAUCUGUGUCCUCUGCCAGUGGCAAUGCAACACCCAACACUCCUGGGGAUGAGUCUCCUUGUGGUAUUAUAAUUCCUCAUGAAAACUCACCAGAUCAACAACAGCCUGAGGAGCAUAGGCCAAAAAUAGGACUAAGUCUUAAACUGGGUGCUUCCAAUAGUCCUGGCCAGCCUAAUUCUGUGAAGAGAAAGAAACUGCCUGUAGAUAGUGUCUUUAACAAAUUCGAGGAUGAAGACAGUGAUGAUGUGCCCCGAAAAAGGAAACUUGUCCCCUUGGAUUAUGGUGAAGAUGAUAAAAAUGCCACCAAAGGCACUGUAAACACUGAAGAAAAGCGCAAGCACAUUAAAAGUCUCAUUGAGAAAAUUCCCACAGCCAAACCUGAGCUCUUUGCUUAUCCUUUGGAUUGGUCUAUUGUGGAUUCCAUGCUGAUGGAACGAAGAAUCCGGCCAUGGAUCAAUAAGAAAAUCAUAGAAUACAUAGGCGAAGAAGAAGCUACAUUGGUUGAUUUUGUUUGUUCUAAGGUUAUGGCCCAUAGUUCACCUCAGAGCAUUUUAGAUGAUGUUGCCAUGGUACUAGACGAAGAAGCAGAAGUUUUUAUAGUCAAAAUGUGGAGAUUAUUGAUAUAUGAAACAGAAGCCAAGAAAAUUGGUCUUGUGAAGUAAAACUUUUUGCAUUCAGAGUUACAUUUCAGAUUUCUUCUUUCACACCCUUCAAAGAACUUUGAAUUUUCUGUGUCUUCAAAGACAUUUGUGAGAUCUGUAAUUUUUUAAUGUAGAAAAUGUGAAUUCUUUUGUCCUCUAAUUUGUUGAUACCAUGUGUACGCGCUUGGUUGUAAAGUCCUGAAUCCCUGGUUCUCUUUAUACUCACCAGGUACAAAUUUGCUGGUGUGUUUUAUAAGCUGCAGCUACUGUACACAGCCUAUCUCAUGUAAUCUUGUUCUGCUGAUUCGUCCCUUGUAAAUAUUGAAAUGACCUCCCAAUUCUUUUGCAGGAUUCCACCUAAUAUUAAAACUGUACUGUAUAGGCACCAACAUGGAUAAUUUGAAUACUAGUCAUACUCAUUACCAUGUCACCCCACUCCCCUGAUCAGAUAUGGCAAGCCCUCGUAAAGGCAUGGGGUUUAAAGUUAGAGUGCAGACCUAGCAGACAGCCACUCCUAAUGUAUCUAUAUUGAUGUGUUUAUGUCAGUGUAUGCAUAAAAUUCUUUUUAAAUUUUCUUUGCUUUCCCUUAAACAUUUCGUAAUUCAUCAAUAGACUCAUAAAGGAAAAGUGAUAAUUGUGCCAACCCAAGUAACUAGUAUAAUUACGGUGUGAGUUUCCCAGAGUGUGACAUUCUGCAGUGAUCAACAGUCUGCUAAACCAGAUUUGUGUUUCUCUGUGUAUAGGAUGGUAUAUCAUAGUCUUAUUUCUUCUCCAAUUUGAAGGCUCAGGAUCGAAGCAGAUUCUAAAGUUCUGGAGCAGUUUAACUCAAUACAUUUUGAACUUACUUGUCUUCGUUUAAUUUGGAUGUAUUCCUUUUAAUAAAAUAAAUUCCAAAGGGAGGGGAGGAGCCCAUCUUAUUUAAUACAAAUUACCAGGAGGCACCUCUAGCACCAGUAAAUAAGUAAAUAAGGUAAGUUUACAAAAGAGAUUUUGACAAAACACAAUAGUAAUUCACCAUGGUAUUAUAUCUUUCUUCCAAAGAAACAUCAUUCGUGGCAGUUUCGUUUCCUACCAUAAAUUCUUAUUACUUGUCAUCACACUAUUAUUAUAUUGAUGACAUGUUUAGAGAAAUCUUAGAAUUUAAUAGUGAUCCAGAAGAACACCAGGGGACAAAAUUUAUUUGAAAAGUACGAAGUUCCAAACAGUUAUUAACAAAUAAGGUGCAGCUGUUGCCAUGUUUGUUUAUUAAAGAUUGAAGUGUUAGGGAAAUGGAACUGUGAGAUUGAGUUACUAAGUUUUUAUUUUAAUUUUUUUUCUGUUAAACAUCUUGAGGACAUCCAAAACACUGUUCUUAAUGUUGAACCUUGACAUGGCUUCAUUUUGUAAAUAUUUCAGUUAUUAAAAAUGUAUAUAUUUGAUCUUGGAAAUGCUUUCUUUGAGUCUUAUAAAUAAAUGACAUUAUGUUAUAA